AUGGGAACAGCAACCGGGAGUGUUGUUAUGAUUGCGACAAAGAAUAUCUUCGAGGUACUGAGACGUGAUAUUUUUCUCUUUGGGUUAUUUUUCUCAUGUCUAGCAGACUUUCGGACCGUCUCGCCCUACGGCAAAGAUGUCUACGACCAUCGAACGGGGCAAAAGUGCACCCGCUGCGGCGGAGCUCUGCAUGACAGCAUUGUCAACUUUGGCGAGAAUCUUCCCCCGCGAGACUUGACACUCGCUCGUGACAAUGCGGAAACGGCGGAUCUAUGCCUCGUUCUGGGGUCCUCUCUGACCGUGACUCCGGCUAACGGGAUUCCCGAAAUUGUUGGUCAGAAGAACAGGGCUAAACUUGCUAUAUGCAAUCUUCAAGCGACGCCCAUCGAUGAACUCGCAGAGUUUCGCAUAUUUUGCGAGGCCGAUGUCUUGAUGAUGAAGGUAAUGGAGAAACUAGCCACGGAGGUUGACAGCGAUGGGACUCCCGUUACAUUUCUCCAAUCCGUCAGACUCGAGGGCAGCAGACGUGUAGCCCGCGAGGAGCCAUUUAUCAUCCACGUUCGCGAGUUGCUGCAGCCGGGAUCACAAUUGAAUCUCGAGCUGGAGUUUAUGGGACAUUACAAUGAGCCAAAUCUCGUCCUCGCUCACAACUAUAACGGCGAGGAAGAGAUCCUCUAUAUCCUGAGUUUCAAUCCCCAGAAUGGACAGUGGGUUAUAGAGAUAGGGGAAAGUCUCACCUAG